AUGUGUCCUCUGCUGGCUGUGUUUUCUGUGGAGUUCAGGGGAAGGAAAAGGCCAAGCCAUUUUUGGGGUGCUGUUGGGCACGGUGAAAAGGCCCCACCCUUUCCAAGGGCCACUGUUCCCGGAAAGCCCCUGGAGCGCAGCUGGUCUUGUCCCGUGCAGCCGGCUCUGGCCACUAGGGGGCAGGAGGGCCACGCACUCAGCCUGGAGGGAGCCCGCGGGGCAGCCGGCACUCUGGAGGGACAGACAGCGCAGGCCACCAGGCGCAGACAGGAGAGGGAGGCGGGGGGUGGGAGACAGACGCCUGGGGUGGGCGGGAGUCAGCGCCCUUGGGUGCCGGUACCUGCCUUCCGGCCACCGCUGGAUCAGGCUUCUGAGCCUGCUGGUUGUCAGGGCCGGACGUGCCACCGCAGUCCCCGGGAAGUCCCCCAGGUGUCACCAGGCAGCACACAGGUCCCCAACAGCCUGGAAGGUCCCCAACAACCCGGCUGGACACGCUCAGACACUCUGGGGCUCCUCAUUCAGGGGCACAAACUCCAGGACCCAGCGCUCGACCGGCCGGAGGAAGGACACAGGGCCCGGAGACUGGCAGAAAUUGCCCGCAAGAGAAGGCUCAGGCGGCCGAAGACCUCCGCCAUAGCAGGACUUGGGAAGCACCGCCCCCAGCGCACCUCCCCGCACCCGGAUAACCAGCGAACCUCUGCUUUCGACACCCUCUCUCCCCAGCAGAGGCAGCGGAGGAGACAAGGCCGGGAGGCACCCGGCUGGGCUGCGCACCAGGCCCAGGCCUGUCCCUCGGGACCGCGCGGGCCGCCCGAAUCCGCCCCCCAGUCGGGCCCGAAUCUGCUCGGCCGUGAGCACCUCGUAGCGGUAAUCCUCCUCCUGCUCGUGCCCCGGCCCGCCGCCACCGCCGCCACCGCCGCCGCCGCCGCCACCGCCGGGCCCCAGAGCGCUGCCGCCGCCACCGCCCGUCUCCCCGCACAGCAGUCCGUCCCGCUCCCCGCCGACGCCCAACCCGGGCUCCACCAGCUCCACCUCGCCCAGAUCCAGGUUAUCGUCGUCCGGCUCGUCGUCGUCUUCGUCCUCCUCCUCCUCGGCGCCGCUGUCUUCCUCACUGCACUCCUCGUCCUCGUCGAACUCGUAGUUGUAGCCCUCGUCCGAGUCCAUGGCGCGACGCGCGGACGCCCGGCGGACGCUGGCCGAGGCGGGGAGAGGGCGGGGACGCCGAGGCCCCGGCUCUCGCUCCGGCUCCGGCUAAUGUCCGGACGCAGGCCUGGCUCUGGCCCCGGGGGCCGCGGCGCCUCCCCGGGUGCGGCGGCUGGCGGCUGGUGGCGGCGGGGAGGGCGCGGAGGAGAGAGGGAGGGAGCGAGGGGGCCGCUUGCUGCCCGCCUCAGUCAGUUGCGGCUCCGCUCCGGCCUCCGAGAGAAAACAGUCCCCAGCGCCACCUCCACGGCCGCUGCUAUCGCUACUGAGCCAACAAAGGGGCGUGCGUCACCGCGUCGCGCUGCGCCGUCGCGUCACUCUUUUUGCGUCACGGCGCCCCGCCCCGCCGCCCCUGCGUGCAGCGCGAGGAGACCCCACGGUCCGCUCUUCCUGGGCCCGGGACCGGCGCAGCGCUGCGCGGGAAUUGCCUUCCCGGUCCGUUCCGCUGCCGCUGUGUGGGCCGGGCGGAAACCCGUAGACCUUUAAUGUGAAGAGAUGGCGGUCUCCAGGUCACCAGUCACCGAGAGAGGGACUCCUGGACCGUAGACACUCUCAGCAAGAAGAUUCAAUGACUUCUAAUACAUUUACAGAGUUGUGCAGCCAUCACAUUCCAGUUAAAAUGAUCCUUCAUUUGUUGCUUACCUAUAUUCUGCUUCCAUGCUAGGUCUGCAGAUCAGACAAAGUUUGGCUGAUCUUGGCUGGGUUUGUCUAUGUUUGGCUGGGCAAAGUUGGACUCCAAUCUUUGAUCAAGUUUGUGCCUGCUUCACAUGUCUUCAUCAUUCUAGGACAAGUUGCCUACCUGAGAUACAUUCUUCCCACAGUGGGUGACAGAAGUACAAGAGAGGUUGAACUUCUUGAUUAGGCCAAUCUGUUUGCAAGUCCACACUGUUUCAGUACCUCACUGAAACCCUCACAGAGCUUGAUGUCACGAUGGUUCUGGGCAUACUCCAAAAACUGUUUGAUCUCACAGAAGCAAGGCUGCUGCUGCUGCGCCACCUGGGUUCCCUGAGGCUCCUGACAAAGGCCCAGGAACAGCCUGAAGAGCCUCUGAACAGAGGCCACCUGAAGUAAGGAGGCAGAAGUAAUUCUGCCAUGACAAAAUUCACCUGGUUGGAAGAGGGGCAUCAAGAAAAGUGUUUUCUAAA